GGUGGAGCGCUUUUCCGGUUGGGAAGUGAGAAGUGGGGGCCGACCCUGGGAGUUAUAGAGCGAGUGAUGGGUGCGACGUGGACCCGCGGGUCGGCGGAAAAUCGGAGCCGGACUCGGUGCCCCCCCCCUUGAUUCUUUCUCUCCUCGUGGGAGCGUCUUGCCAGCAGAGACCCCGGAAGCACGUGCUUUCCUAAACCAUUUAGGGGAGCUAGGUUUAGGGCUGGCAAAGUUUCCACUUCGCCUGCUGUCUUCUGUGGUUCCCAGCCGAAGCGCGCCAGCUCGGCAGCUUUGGUAGAAAUGCGCGGCGGUGGCCCUGCUUGCAAGCGCAACUUCAGAGCUUUGCCGGGAGCUGACGUCGGCCGGUGCUUCGUCAAAGUGGCGUCCUCGUGGGGGCGCUUGGUGUAAGCUGAGGCGCCGGUGAGGUUAAUAAUCUACCAUCCGGCGAGAGAAGAGGAGAAUAACCAGACGGCAGUCAAGUCUCCUAUGGCUCGGUUUCACCGGCCCACUGAAGUGGCGAGGUCUCCCAAAACUCAACCUGGAGACGGUGUAAGCCUCUUACACCUGAGAUUCAUCAGCCCCAUCUCCCUCCACCCAAGCCUGACUGGCGUGGCAGUUUCUCAGAGGCGCAGGUUUCAUUUCUGAUUCCUGAAUGUGGGAUACUGUCAAAAGAACUGAAAAAUCUAGUCAUGGAAACUGGACCUUAUUACUUUGUGAAGAACUUACCUCUGCAUGAGUUAAUUACACACGAAUUCAUCCACUCCUUUGUGAAGAAAGGUUCAUUCUAUGCACUAACAUACAAUACAAAUAUUGAUGAAGAUAAUACUGUUGCCCUCCUGCCAAACGGGAAAUUAAUUUUAUCACUGGAUAAAGAUACUUAUGAAGAAACUGGUCUUCAAGGUCGUCCAUCUAAGUAUUCUGGCAGAAAAGUCAUGAAAUUUAUUGUUUCCAUUGAUUUGAUGGAUUUAUCCUUUAACCUGAAUUCUAAGAAGUAUGAAAGAAUAUCUUGGUCCUUCAAAGAAAAGAAGCCAUUGAAAUUUGAUUUUCUUUUGGCUUGGCAUCAUACAGGUACAGAAGAAUCAACGGUGAUGUCACACUUUUCCAGUUACCGAAUUCAGGAGCAUCAGCCAAAAAUAGCCCUGAGCACAGUGACAGAGCUGCAGUGCCCGGUCCUGCGGAGCAGUGCACUCCAGGGGGAGCCAGAGGCGGCCUGCAGCGCUCCCGAGCUUCUGGACUGGCUGGGCGCCGUAUUCAGUCACACAGAACUAAAUAACGAGCCUCAUAACUUCAUAUCCACCUAUUGCUGUCCUCAGCCAAGCACAGUGGUUGCCAAAGCUUAUUUGUGUACAAUUACGGGUUUCAUACUUCCAGAGAAGAUCUGUCUCCUUUUGGAACAGUUGCGUCACUACUUUGAUGAGCCCAAGUUAGCUCCUUGGGUUACAUUGUCAGUACAAGGCUUUGCAGAUAGUCCUGUUUCGUGGAGAGAAAAUGAACAUGGCUUUCGAAAAGGAGGAGAACAUUUAUACAACUUUGUGAUCUUUAACAAUCAGGACUAUUGGCUUCAGAUGGCUGUUGGGGCGAAUGAUGACUGUCCACCGUGAAAAAUACAAAACUUAAAAUCA